AUGACGUGGACAAAGAAUAGACAAGGUAUAGCUAACACCAUGGAAAGACUUGAUCGUGCUCUGUGCAAUGCGGAAUGGAGGACCAUGUUCCCCGAAGCCACAUUUAGAGUUCUUCCUAGAACUUAUUCUGGUCACUCCCCUCUUGUCAUCUACACCCAAGCCCCUGGAACUGAUGGUAUCCAGGCAAUCUUCUAUCAUAACUAUUGGAGUAUUGUUGGUAAGUCUGUGUAUGUGCUUGUUAAUGCUUGCUUUCGCAACAAAUCUGUCCUUGAAUCUGUUAUUGAAACUCUCAUUGUUUUUAUCCCUAAAGUUAGACCUCUCCUUGACAGCUUGGUGAGCCCCAACCAAAGUAGUUUUAUUCCGGGUAGAAAUACUAUUGAUAACAUCAUCAUUACCCAUGAGAUUCUUCAUACUUUGAGGCAUAAAAAAGGCAAUGAGGGAGGUAUGAUUUUUAAAAUCGAUUUGGAAAAAGCCUAUGAUAAACUGUCUUGGGAUUUUAUUAGAGACACAUUAGUGGAGUUUAAUAUGAAUGACAAUUGGAUCAAUCUCAUCAUGAGCUAUGUCUCUAACUGCAAAUCGACUAUCCUAUGGAAUAGAGAGAUACUGGAAGGAAUUAAGAAUGAGAGACGCUUGAGACAGGAUGACCCACACCUCUUUGUUCUUUCUAUGGAAAGACUAUCCAAUAUGAUUAGUUCCAAUGUAGAAGGUGGCCAGUGGAAAGGGAUUAAGGCAACUCGCACUAGCCCACCCAUCUCUCACUUAUUCUUUGCUGAUGACCUUAUUUUAUUUGCCAAAGCUUAUCUCUCCAACUGUGAUACUAUUAUGUCAGUUCUCUCUAAAUUUUGUGCAGUCGCUGGGCAAAAAAUCAAUCACUCUAAGUCCAAACUUUUUGUCUUCCCCAAUUUAGCCCGUAACAAAGCCUUAUCCCUUAGCUUCUAUAGUGACAUCCCUUUAACCCAAAACCUUGGUAAAUAUUUGGGUUCUCCUAUGAUUCAUGGUACAGUCAAUAGAAACAUGUUUAGGGAAACUUUAAAGAAACUUAAAAAUAGGCUGUCAGGUUGGAAGGCUAGAACCUUCUCCCUAGCUUGUAGAACCACACUUAUUCAAUAUGUCACCUCUGCUAUACCCAGUUACAACAUGCAGACCAUGGAAAUUCCUAGAAGGGUCUGUGAUGAAAUGGAUAGACUGAAUUGUAAUUUCCUAUGGGGUGACACUGAUUCUAGGAAAAAAGUUCACCUAGUUAACUGGGAGAGUGUUUGUAUUAGUAAGGCUAAAGGAGGACUAGGUAUUAGAAAAGCAAGAGAUCAGAAUGCUGCUUUAUUGACUAAACUUGGAUGA